GUAAAAAAAUCAAACUUUAAAUUGAUUUCACUGUCUGGGUCGGUUGUGCAAAAGUACAGGAAGUGCUAAGAGCUGAAGAAAGAGAUUUUGAGUCUGAAAAAAUGGGCUCUUUCUGGGUUAUGAUUCUGUGUAUUUUUGGAAUAUCUGGCUCUGUCUGCUCUCAGUUGCAGGAAGGUUUCUACAGCAAAACAUGUCCCAGAGCUGAGAAGCUCAUCAGCGACUUUGUCCACGACCACAUUUCAAAGACUCCAACUUUAGCAGCUCCUUUACUCAGAAUGCAUUUCCACGAUUGCUUUGUCAGGGGCUGCGACGCAUCUGUGCUUUUGAACUUCACAUCAAGCACCGGAAACCAGACGGAGAAAGUCGCUGUUCCGAACCAGACGUUGAGGGGGUUUGACUUUAUUGACCGGGUCAAGAGCAUCGUGGAAGCUGAAUGCCCUCAAAAAGUCUCCUGUGCAGAUAUUGUUGCUUUGGUCGCCAGGGAUUCUGUAGUCGCCAUUGGAGGGCCAUCUUGGGAUGUUCCGACCGGUCGACGGGACGGCCGGGUUUCCAAUUCAUCGGAAACCAGCAGCAUUCCUCCGCCCACCAGCAACUUUACAACCCUCCAAACACUCUUUAGCAACCAGGGUCUUAAUCUCACCGACUUGGUCCUAUUAUCCGGUGCUCAUACGAUCGGGAUGUCGCAUUGCUCGUCGUUUUCGACCCGUCUUUACAAUUUCACGGGGACGGUCCCGUCGCAAGACCCGGCAUUGGACAGCGAGUACGCGACGGCACUGAAGAAGAAAUGCAGGUCGAUUAACGAUAACACGACGAUAGUCGAGAUGGAUCCAGGGAGUUUCAGGACGUUUGAUCUGAGCUACUAUAAGGGAGUUCUGAAGAGGAGAGGGCUGUUCCAGUCGGACUCGGCCCUGUUGAACAGCCAAACCACAAGGGCAUUGGUCAAUCAGCUUGCCAGUGGAUCCAAUGAGAUUUUCGAAGCAGAGUUUGCUAGGUCUAUGGAGAAAAUGGGGAGGAUUAAUGUGUUGACAGGGAGUGCAGGUGAGAUCAGGAAAAACUGUGCGCUUGUCAACUGAUCGGGCCGGGUCGGGCCGGGCUUUUGUAUUUACGCUAUCUUCUCAUCCAUAUUUGAGUCCGUAAUUAAAUUUGGUGUCCAAUCCGCGGGGUUGUUUGCUGGGUCAAUUAUUGUGCCAUUUUUUUUAUGAGUGGAAUUCCAGUUCAAUAAGUUGUCCUAAAAAUACGUGGAUGCUGGAUCCAUCAAAACUCAAAAGUAUCCCUUUAUAGAUUUCAAGUUAAACGUUAUUAUCCGAUGUGUUUUGCCAUGUGAUCAUAUUUAAUUUGGUGCCCCUGAUGUAUUAGUGAUGACGUAAAGUUAAUAAUAGUAAUGAUGAUUUUAUAUCUAAACCGUUUUUUCAGUGUUCAUCCGA